UCGCCGCGAUCACUCAGACUCAGCUGCCCCCUCAACGGCGCGAUAGUAGAGAGCGGCGCGAUUAUCGUCGUCAACGAGAGUGCCGGGUUCGCGAGACAACGCGAGAGAAGGGCCUUCGGUACUCUUGCGUUGGCACGAAGGGCACGCGUCGAGACGAGAGGUCCGGCGCAGCUCCAUCCGGCGACUCCGCGAGCCUGCCUUGCCCUGCCGUUCCAGCCUUGCCGUUCGCGAAGCGGUGAUAAUGGCACUGAAAAGCUUGAUCGUCCUCGGAGCAGCCUUGGUCGUCGCAUCAGGUGCUCGGCCAAACUUCGUGCAAUGCGAGGACACCAGCCUGUGUCCCGACGGGACGACGUGCUGCAAGGUGGACGACCAGACGUGGGGCUGCUGUCCCUACGAGUUCGGACAGUGCUGCAAGGACGGCGCACACUGCUGCCCUCUGGGUUACAGCUGCGACGCCGCUCAAGGUAGCUGCGUCCACAAAAUCACCCAACAGCGGCUCUUCAGGACGGCGCUCGAUCGACGAGUCUCAGGGCUGGCGCAAAGGCGGCGCAACGAAAUAAUUCCCGGAGAAUCGCUAGGAGGAAAUGUUCGCUGCCCUGACGGAAACUACUGCCUGGAUGGCCAGACCUGCUGCCUACUUACGUCAGGCAGUUACGGCUGCUGCCCUUACCAGCACGCCGAGUGCUGCAGCGACCACACCAGCUGCUGCCCCGAGGGAUACCGGUGCAGAAUAUCAACGCAUCAGUGCGUUCAUGCGACAACCAACCACACAGUGGCCAUGGUCCAGAAGGUCAACGCUUUUGCGGCCGAACCAAGACAAGUCGAAGUCUCCGCUAACGAGCUGCUAGUUGGAAACGUCCGUUGUCCCGACGGAAACUACUGCCUCGACGGUCAGACCUGCUGCCUGCUGUCAAGCGGACAGUACGGCUGCUGCCCGUACCAGUACGCGCAGUGCUGCAGCGACCACGCAAGCUGCUGUCCCGAAGGAUACAUGUGCAAGAUAUCCACGCAUCAAUGUAUCCACGCUGUCAGCAACCACACCGUGCCCAUGGUCCAGAAGGUCCGACCUGUAAGGCGACCUGAGGCGCAAGCGCGCAUGCCUCCGGUUGACGCCGAACUCGUUCAGUGCCCCGACGGAAGCUUCUGCCAGAACACCCAGACCUGCUGCCUGCUGAAGUCGGGAAGAUACGGCUGCUGCCCCUACGCGCACGCAGAGUGCUGCAGUGACCACGUCAGCUGCUGUCCCGAGGGAUACCGCUGCUUGGUCUCUACGCAGCAAUGCAUCCAUGCCGCGAGCAACCGCACCGUACCAAUGCUCAGGAAGGUCGACAGCAUCGCCCCCGAGUCCGCUGAGCUGUCACAACCGAAGUCUCACGUGAACAACGUCCGAUGCCCUGACGGGAACUACUGCCUGGACGGCCAGACCUGCUGCCUACUUACGUCCGGCAGUUACGGCUGCUGCCCUUACCAGCACGCCGAGUGCUGCAGCGACCACACCAGCUGCUGCCCCGAAGGAUACCAGUGCAGAAUAUCGACGCAUCACUGUAUCCAUGCGACAACCAACCACACAGUGGCCAUGGUCCAGAAGGUCAACGCUUUUGCGGCCGAGCCAAGACAAGCCGAAGUCUCCGCUAACGGACGGUUAAUACACUGCGGGGACGGAUCAACGUGUUUCGACAACCAGACCUGCUGCCAGUUGUACGACGAGACGUACGACUGUUGUCCCUACCCACGAGCAACUUGUUGCGAAGACCAGGACAGCUGCUGCCCGGAGGGAUACAUCUGCAUGAUAACCUUGCGUAAGUGCAAGAAGGCGAGCACCGGACAAACGGUGCCCAUGCAUUAUCGACGCACUGCUCGAAGAGAUGCAGCGAAGACGGUGACUAGCAGGCCGAGUCUCACAUCUGGUAUUACGUGCCCUGAUGGACACAAGUGCCUGAACGGCCAGACCUGCUGCGCAUUGAGCGGCGGUCACUACGGCUGUUGUCCGCUGCCUGAAGCUGUGUGCUGCUCGGACCACAAGACGUGUUGUCCCAAUGGCUACCAGUGCCAAGUCGCCACGCAGACGUGCCAAAGGGGAGACCAUACGGUGGCCGCAGUGCGGAAGCUGCCGGCCUUCACGGAUGCCGAGUUGAUCGAAGUGGCUGAAGCCACAGAAAGCCGGAUUUCGGCCCUUACUCCAGCUCAGGCCGACCUCCUGAGGUGCCCCGACGGAAGCUACUGCCAGAACACCCAAACCUGCUGCCUUCUCGUUUCCGGCCAUUACGGCUGCUGCCCCUACGCGCACGCGCAGUGCUGCAGCGACCACACCAGCUGCUGUCCCGAAGGAUACCGCUGCAAGGUCUCCACCCGUCAAUGCAUCCACGCUACGAGCAACCACAGCGUAGCCGCUGGCCGGAAGGUCUCCACCGUGGUUCCCAAGCCGAUCCUUGUGUCAACUAGGUCUAACGGACGGCUAAUACACUGCGACGACGGGACAAUGUGCUUCAACAACCAGACCUGCUGCCUGCUGCUGAACGGGACGUACAACUGUUGCGACUAUCCGCGAGCGACGUGUUGCGAAGGCUUCGACAGCUGCUGCCCCGAGGGAUACACGUGCAUAGUAACCCUGCAAAAGUGCAAGAAGAAGAGCACCGGAGAAAUGCUGCCCAUGCGUCGUUCUAGACCCAGUGUUCUAAGGAAAACAUUGAAGACAGUGACCAGGCCGAGUCUUACGUCUGAUGUCACGUGUCCCGACGGCCACAAGUGCCUGAGCGGCCAUACUUGCUGCCCCGUGAGCAGCACUCGCUACGGCUGCUGUCCGCUGCCCGACGCCGUGUGCUGCGAUGACGACAAGCACUGCUGUCCAGCGGGCUACACCUGCAACGAGGGCUCGGGGACGUGCGAAUUGGGUCGCCAUUCGGUGCCCAUGGUCCAGAGGGUGGCGGCAUUCGUGGACGCCGCGUUGAUCCAGGCCGCGAUGCGCGACGAGAUAUGCCCGGAUGGCAACGAAUGCGACGACGACCAGACUUGCUGCCAGCUGCGUAGCGGCGCGUACGGCUGCUGCCCCUACAACCACGCGGUCUGCUGCGACGAUAAGGUGCACUGUUGUCCGGAGGGCUACAAGUGCGACACGCAGGCCAGCAGGUGCCUCAGCGGGAACCUGGCCUCCCCGAUUAGCCGCAUUAUUCAGAAACGCAUCAGCAGGCCCAUGAACAGGAUCCUUGUGCACGAAGUGAAAACUACCUGUCCCGACCACCAGAGCCUGUGCCCGGACAAGACGACCUGCUGCAAGUCUAACAACACGUACUCGUGCUGCCCAUUCAGCGAGGCCACUUGCUGCCCGGACGGGAUACACUGCUGUCCCAAGGGCUACGAGUGCGACGAGGCUAAACACGUGUGCACACGCAGACGCCGCCCAGAAGAGGAGCUGCCGUACCUUAAUUAAGGAUACGCCGAGCUAUGAGAAACCGUAAAAUGAUCUAAUGUCCUCUGCUUUACAAUGAGAAGGGGGCUAGCCAGGUGCCAAGCUUUACGACAGAGAUUGUCCCGCACUUUUUGUUUUCCUGUUCGUUUUGAAUGAAUACUUAUGCAAGGAACAUGUCUGAGAUAGUCAAGGGUCGCCGUUGUGUGUUCUGAUGCUACAAAUAAAAGCGAGUUCUUUUU